GUCCCGGCCCUGGCGGCUACCGCUCGCCAUUGGCCAGCGGGGAGACGGAGGCGGGCCUCAGCCAAUGGGGGGGGGGUGCAGCUCCGGAGGGCGGGUCCCCGUUACCUGGGCGCCGCGUCUGCCGGAAGCCGGCGCUGGAGGCCACGCGCAGGAUGGCAAAACAGAAGAGAAAAGACGCAGGAGUGACAGAGAAAAAGAGCAAAAAAUUGAAGACAUCGGCGAGAGAGAUGCCGCCGGCCCCCGCAGCCCCAGCGGCCACUGACGAGGUCCAGGGAGCUGUGUCCCCAGAGGAGCAGAGGGUCCUGGACAGGAAGCUGAAGAAGGAGCGGAAGAAGGAGGCGCGCAGGCUGCUGCGCGAGGCCGGCAUCCCUGCGGCCUGGAGCCCGCCAGCCAGGCCCUCGGGGGCCGAGCUGGCCCUGGACUACCUGUGCGGCUGGGCCCAGAAGCGCGAGGACUGGAGGUUUCAGAAGACGAGGCAGACCUGGCUGCUGGUGCACAUGUACGACAGGGACCAGGUCUCCGAGGAGCACUUCCCCACGCUGCUGGCCUACCUGGAGGGGCUCCAGGGCCGGGCCCGUGAGCUGACUGUGCAGAAGGCCGAGGCGCUGAUGCGGGAGCUGGACCAGGCGGGGGCCGGCGCGGAGGCCUCGCUGCUGGGGAAGACCCAGCGUGCCCGCCAGGUGCUGCAGCUGCUCUCCUAGGGGAGCUCGGGUGGGCCUGCGCCUCUCGGGCUCCAGGGGCGGGGUCCCCGGUCCCCCUGACCCCUGGCUCUCGGAAGGACUGCCUCUCGCUCCAGCUCAGCCAGCUCACCCCAUAGGGAUGGCGGCUGAGCCCCUUCACAGCGGAAGGCGCUCACUCAAACCACCUGGCCUCCCAGUGGCCCUCCAGCCCCCGAGGAGGGGCUUAUUGGGGGACGUGUCUAUUUUUCUACCAGGAUGUCUUGGAGGCUGGCUGGCGUCAGCCCUUCCUGCCAGCUGUGUCCGUCCCUGUGUUCACCGAGGGCCUGGGCUGUGGCUCAUGGGCCUUGCUGGCCAAUUAUAAGGGAAAGCUGAGUAUUUUCAGUAAAAACUGGCCCCCAGAGGCCGUGCCUCUCCUGUGA